AUGGAUGGACUGGUCAGGAUGGAAAGACAAAAGUUUCCAUUCAGCAUUGAAAACAUUCUGAGCAAAUACCCAAACGGCAAUGGAGAAAAACGGUCAUGUGGAGCAAGUGGUCUCGGACUAACAGAGAAGACAGCGCGUCCUGCCAGAGGCCAGGCGGAGUCUGUCCAUCGUGCCUGUCUCUGCUGCUGCUGCUGCUCUCACUGCGCCGACGUAUUCCACACCGAUUUCAUCCAUGAAGCCUGUCAGUAUGGCUGGAACCCAGCCGUCCUGUCGGAGCCCUGCAGGCUGGGAGACGCUCCCCGGGAGGAGCAGCCGCCCGGUCAGGUGCAGAGGAGGACCCGGCGUCACCGGACCAUUUUCACCGAGGAACAGCUGGACGCGCUGGAGGAGCUGUUCCUGCAGAACCAGUAUCCAGAUGUGAACACCAGAGAAAAACUUGCACAGCACACUCACUUAAGAGAAGAGAGAGUAGAGGUUUGGUUUAAAAACCGAAGAGCAAAGUGGAGACGUCAGAAAAGACUCACAUUUGUCGUUGGAAACACAGAAAAUUGA